GCUUUGAUACACACGUGGUAGCGGUAAUUUUACAAAUUGUCUAGAAAAUUAUUAGAAUUCUCAAUUUAUAGUACGACAUGGGUCGACCAGGAUUCUCACCAGGAGGUCGAGGAGGCGGUGGUGGUAGAGGCGGCUUUGGUGGCGGCCGUGGAGGUGGCGGGGGUGGUAGAGGCGGUUUUGGUGGAGGCCGUGGAGGAGGCGGUGGAAGAGGUGGCCGUGGUGGUGACAGAGGUGGCCGGCCAAGUUUUGGUCGAGGUGGUGGACCUAGGGGAGGACGUGGAGGAGGUAGUCGAGGACGUGGUGGUGGAGGCGGAGGCGGCGGUUUCAGAGGAGGAAAGACUGUAGUUAUUGAACCCCAUCGACACGAGGGGGUUUUCGUUGCAAAAGGAAGGGAAGAUGCAUUGGUCACAUUGAACCUAGUGCCUGGGUCAGAGGUGUACGGUGAAAAACGCAUAUCUGUGGAGACCGAUGGAGAAAAAGUGGAGUAUAGAGUGUGGAACCCUUUCAGGAGUAAAUUAGCUGCUGCCAUAUUAGGUGGCGUAGAUAAAAUUUACAUGUCUCCAGGCAGCAAAGUUUUAUAUCUGGGAGCGGCAUCGGGAACCACAGUUUCGCAUGUUUCCGACAUAGUCGGGCCGGAAGGCUUAGUGUAUGCGGUGGAAUUCUCGCACAGGUCCGGUAGAGAUCUAAUAAACGUAGCGAAAAAACGCACGAACAUCAUCCCUAUUAUAGAGGACGCCCGACACCCGCAUAAGUAUAGAAUGUUAGUCGGUAUGGUCGAUACAGUAUUCGCUGACGUUGCGCAACCCGACCAAGCGAGAAUAGUUGCCCUCAACGCCAGUUAUUUCUUGAAGAAUGGGGGGCAUUUUGUGAUAUCUAUUAAAGCGUCUUGUAUAGAUUCAACAGCACAGCCCGAAGCCGUGUUUGCUGCGGAAGUUAAAAAAUUACAGGCGGAUAAACUGAAACCUCAGGAACAAAUUACGCUGGAGCCCUACGAGAGGGAUCACGCGGUGGUGGUAGGGAUGUUCAGGCCGCCUGCUAAAAAUUAAUUUUCGGUUUGUGCAGAAUCAUUAAAAUGCGCAAGAUGUAAUUACAAUAUCGUUGGUCGAAUUUUAAAAUGGUUUUAUGUCACAAAUUGACAAAAAGAAUUCAUACAAACGUGUGUCCACCAGCCCUACAUUUAUUAACAGAGUAUUGAAAAUAAUAAGGGUUGCUGUAUAAGUUUAGAAAAGUUUGCAUCAUGCGAGGAGAGUUUAUUCAAUUCUAAAAACGUUUAUUUUAUUAAUAUGUGGUACAGUACACUUGGAACAAUUUUUUUUUCCUGGUUUUAGACAAUUUAAGGCAUACUACUUUUAUUGUACGGUUUUAUUGAGGACUCGGUAGAACCGAAUUAUUCCAUUGUAAUAUUAAAAAAUACAAUAUUAAAGUAUAACUUGUAACAUUCUGUUUACUUUAUUUCCAUUAUUUUUUAAAUUUUUUGUUGCAAUUUCCAAUUUUUUCUUUUUCAAUUUUGUUUUUCUUUAGGCACAAAAUUAAAUAACUUUGUAUUACAAAUUAUAAAGCAUCUUACAGAAAUAUUUUCACAUUCCACAUGAACAGUUUCCGAGGAAGCAGUUAUUUAAUUUUUGGAAAUUUCAAACCCUUGAUCCUUAAAAAUGCAUUGAAAAUGACACGUUUAAGUUUGGGAAGUCAUUUUUAAUUAUUUCGAUUAAUUUAUUCAUAAUAGAAAUUAAAGAAAAUAGUAAUUCACAGGGAUUUGAAAAAAAUAAAAUAAACGGUGUUACAAAUUAAUUAGUCAACCCGUUAACCAUAUUUGGACUUUUAGUUCAAAUAUGUGGUUAGAAAAUGGGUUUCCAAAAUGAAGUCCCAUUAUUUUUAAUGGGAUUUCAUUUCAGAGAACCAUUUUCAAAAUACAGGGUGUUAAAAUUUAAAAAAUGAUUUUUUAUUGAUAUUUCCGGUGAUGGUAGAGAUUUGAAAGUUAGCACAUAAUUUUGAUCUUACGCCGGCACACUUUUUGUGUAAUUUUGAUUUAAAAUAGUUGCAGUACCCCCUAUUUUUUUUUGAGUAGGCCUAUGCUUUCGGAACAUUUUUUUUUAAGAUAAAGUGGCGUUUUGUUCUAUUUUUUUCAUGCUUGUAAGAUUUUGAUUUGGGGCCUCGUUUGCGAGAUAUUGUAACUUUUUUGGAUGUGCUACAUCGAUUUAGUCGACGUUUGACUUUGUUUUGCGGCUAUAUGAAAGAUUUGAGUCGUUAUUUAUAUAAUUUAUUGAAAAAAAUGGAAAUGGUCAUCGUCAUAAUCGUUUUUUGAGCUAAAUCUAACAUCUAAAAAAGUUGCAAUGUCUCAUACAAUAAGCCCCAAAUCAAAAUAUGGGGUUUCAGCCUAAAGUGCUCUUUACCGCGUACAAUUCGUUUCUUUAACUGUUCUUUAGUUAGUAUCGAUGUCAUAUAAAAGAAAUUUUUCAUAAGAUCCCAAAAAUUAAAGUCUAACAUUGAGUAAAUUGUCGCGUAUCCAAAAAAGUUACAAUAUAUCCUAAACCGUGCCCCAAACCAAAAUCUUAAGAGUGAAAAAAAUAGAAUAAAACGCCACUUUACAUAAAAAAAAUACUUGGAGGCAUACUCAAAAAAAAUGGGUACUGCAACCCCCCUCCCCUUCAUUCGCGCUUUGACAUUUUACACCAAAAUUACAUAAAAAGUAUGCAGACUUAAAUAUUUACUACUUAGUGAAUAUGGCCAGACUUUUAAUAAUUAACAGUAAGUGUAGUAUCAAAUUAAAAAAAAAAUUACCUAACUUGAAAAAAAA